CGCGGAAGUCAGUGACGCACCACUACACACAGCUGCUCAGCGGGGGCAAUGAAAUAAACAAAACGUCGUGAUUUGGUGCCAAACACAGCGAAGCAGAGAGUCGGUCCCUGGCGACGGUCACCAUAGCCUGUUGUGAUUAAGGGCAGCGCGGGCAGGGUGUCACAGUUCAGACCAUCAUGCCCUUUGCUCUGGCAGCGGGACAGGAAGUGUGUGUGUGAGUGUCCCUGGUUGGCUCUGCUGGGAUGAACAUGCCACUGCACCAAAUCUCUGUCAUCCCCCGUGAUGUCACCUCAUCGCGGGUGUCAGGCAGUGGAAAAGUCAAGGACAAGGACAAGCAGAAUGAAAAGCCUCUGGGUCAUUCUGCAAGCAGGUCCAGCAAUAUAUCAAAGGCGGGGAGCCCGACUUCAGUCAACGCUCCAUGCAGUUUCUCCAGGACGUCAGUUUCCCCCUCCAGCCAGGACAUCUGCAGCAGUCAAGAUCAGGACCGUCAGAAGCAGACCGCAGUGGUUCUGUUGAACUCAAACGGUAAAACCUGUCAAGGUUCAGGAGGUAUCUCAGUGACCACCCUCUGCGCAGACACCCUACUAGCCUCCAAACACGCCAAACAACGAGACUGGCUCUCACUGCUCCGCCCGUCCUCAGUCAACAUCCACCCUGGCGGCUCGCUAAGGUUUUCUGUGUCUUUAAACGAUGUGGGCCAACGCGUGGACAGUCUUUGUCGUGGUCUGCACUUUAUAGACCGCACCUGCUCCGAGGGAGAGCUGGAGCUGAAGCCCGAGUCAGCUCAGCCGCCCACCUCGGAUCGAAGGGCGCACACACUCGACAGCAAGCUGGCUGCGGCUCCCACACAAAAUCCAGCCUCAACACGCACCCACCCCCACCUGGUCCCCUCCUUCACCAACAACUACAAAUACAUGUUGAGCACCCCUCCUGCUAAUUGUCCCCCAUAUGACUCUGCCACAGUCGCCCCUCCUCCUCCUCUUUCCCACACCCACCACCUCCACCCUCACCACUCCCCAAGUGGCAACUUCCUCCGUCUCCUCCUCCCCUUCUCUCGAUCCUCUACCUCGGCCAGCCUGCAGUGCUCUGAGCUGGGCAGCUACGCCUCUCACCUCCACAAGUCCUCUAGCGCCCUGCUAGAAGGCAGCGAGUCAGGGUUCCCUGUCGAGGAUCUACUGGGAGAUGACGAUGUGUUUGAGGAGGACCAGCCCAGUCCAGCUCCAAAGGGAACAGGCCAGCUGGAAACCCCAGAAACAGUCACUGCAACUGGGACAGGAGCUCUUCUAGCCCCCCUGUGCUAUAUGGAUGAGGACAGCGACUUGGACUGCUGCCCGUCCCCUUUGUCAGAGAAAACUGGGCCACUGUCACCCUAUUCAUUCUCUGGAGACUGGUGCAGGAUUUGUCACUGUGAAGGGGAUGACGAGAGCCCUCUGAUCACACCAUGCCACUGCACGGGGAGCCUGCGCUUCGUCCACCAGGCCUGUCUACAGCAGUGGAUCAAGAGCUCCGACACUCGCUGCUGUGAGCUCUGUAAAUAUGAGUUCAUCAUGGAGACCAAGCUCAAACCGCUGCGCAAGUGGGAGAAGCUACAGAUGACAGCGAGCGAGAGAAGGAAGAUCAUGUGUUCGGUCACCUUCCACGUCAUUGCCAUCACCUGCGUGGUGUGGUCGCUCUACGUCCUCAUCGACAGAACAGCGGAGGAAAUCAAACAAGCCGGAAAAAUCCCAGGGAUCCUGGAAUGGCCUUUCUGGACCAAGCUGGUGGUGGUGGCCAUCGGCUUCACGGGCGGACUGGUGUUUAUGUACGUCCAGUGCAAAGUCUACAUCCAUCUAUGGAGGAGACUGAAGGCUUACAACCGGGUCAUAUACGUCCAGAACCGGCCAGACACGUGUAAAAAGCUGGCGCUGGAGAAGCCGCCCCUCAUGGAGCCAAGCCUGGAGAACAAGGAGGCUCUGGCGCCCACCCAGUCAGACACAAACUCCUCCCAGUACACAGAGACAGAGGACUACAGUAUGGAGGUGCUCCAUGUCUGACCGCUCGGUCCAUGCCAUUGGUUGUCCUACUCAUGCUACAAACAGGCCCACAGUGAAGAACAGCAGCCGUCAUGGGAAAGCUUGGUGACUGAGAAACGACUAGACACUCCCCUCCCUCUGAUCCCAGACUGACCCGCCGUCCUCCUCUGCUUGUCUUAUAUUCCCCAAACUCCAUCCAGAGACAGACAGACCAUGACUAUCUUCUUCUCUGCACAUUCCUCCUAUCAGACCUUAUCCCUCCCUCCACCUGCAACCCCAAUGCAUACUCUCCUUUCCCAGGGCCGGACUGUUUUUACUGACUCCUGUAAAUGUCUGAAGAGGCCUGGAGCACACCACUCUGCACACACACACAUACACACACACACAUUUGUAUGUACACCUCUGGGAGAGCAAGACUGAGACAAAUAGACUCACAAACGGCUCCGGAGGUCUACACGUCUGAUGCGUGGUUUCUUUGCUUGUGGGUUUGUUAGAUUUGUUUGUUUAUACCUCCUGUGAGUCUUGGGCUAACCUGCCAUGGAUCAGUAUGUAGCGCCGCGCAUCGGAUCUCUGGAACAUUCCAGCUACUGCCAUCUCUGUUGGUCUGUCAGCUCCGAGCUGGUCUGUAUCCAACCAGGCCUUGAUCUGGACAUGCAUCGAAGCACUUUUGUUUUUUAGUUCCCACAACAGACCCCCUCCCCGUCCUCUUGCCCUUUGGUUUCUUUACUCUGAAUUACUGUAUAUGUUGUACAUGGGGGAGAGCACAUUGGAACUCCUGUUUUGUUUGACAUUUCCUCAUACGCAUAUAUAUUAACCCUCCCAUGGAUGACAAAAAAGGAAUCGGGGUUAAAAAAUCGUGGUGAGAGAAACGUUUGAGUGUGUUAGUGAAAACAGACAAAAUGAGUUUUGAAUACGACGCCAGGCUCAAAGCUCUAAUGCAGAUAAUGGAAAAUCCAGCCACACGACUUCUUUACCCCCAACAUGAACUUUCUGAAGGCUUUGAGAAUGUAAACUUUUUAAAAAAAAACACGAUAAAAAAUAAAUAAAAUACACAAAAAGAAAAACAUUUUCUACUGGUCACAGGAAAUUGCGAGAUAAUUUCCGUGUCUUGAGAACAUUAUGAGAGCCUUUGGGCAUAAACAACGUCGCUCAUGUUUUUCUAUCAUGCGAAUGACACAGUAUUUACAGUGUGAUAUUCCAUGUGCAGUUUUUAAUAUGUUGAUUUGUUUGCUUAGUCACGGGAUGUGCCCUGAGAAAUCAACAGCUGCCUAUUCUCAAUCCGUCUGUUGCUCCCACUGUGCAGGCAGUGCAUCGAUUCACACUAAAGAUAUUUAAGACUAACAAACAGGCAGACUGUAAGCGAGUGUGUUUAAAUUUGACUGCUCAGUUUCAGGACCUGCACAUCUACAAUCCAUCCCUGCAGUUAUGCUAACACAAGUCAGCACAGAGCACAAGAUGUGAUGUUUGGAUGUGACGUAUUGGAUAAUUACUGAGCAUUUCAGGCAGGCAGGAGUCUCAGUUUCAGCGAAAGUGUCUUGUUUCUUCUCGCCAGGCUCUUAUCACAUGGUGAAGUGUCUAUUUUAGAAUUUAAUCACAAGACUGCCAGCACGCUGCCUCCCAUUUGAUUGAGUGUUUUCCCCACAUCUAGCCUUAUGUGGCUUAAAUGAGGUAUUCUAGCACCUCGUUUUUUUUCCAUUUCUAUAAGAAAGCACAGCUUAAAUAGUGUCACUGCAUUAUUUCAUCUGUCAGAAUCAUUUUUUAAAUCUCUGUUGGCCGUCUUAUUCAUCAGUGAUGGCAGGUUUUUUUUUGUUUGUUUUUUUGCAAUUAAACCAAUGCAACACAUCCAUACAUUUUCUGCUGGUGACAUACACAGUCUGCAUUAUGUCUCACUGAUGAGCUGACUGGAGCUCCACCUGCUGGCGAGAAGCUGACGGUGCGGUCUGAGGUAGGCCGCAGUUGAUUUCUCAGGGUGAUGUGUUUUGGGCUUACAGUCAUUGUAAGUGCUUUUGUGAAUGUGGGAGCACAGCGAUGCCGGGCUCAUGUUGAGCCUCACAGCCAUUCCAGCAACACACACAUUUUUAAAAACCUGUCUUUGAUACCAGUAUACUGUCUGUUAACGAACGAUGGUCCAGCAACAUAAUAUGUGACAAUUACUGCUCGGCAGCAGCAGCAAUAAAUGAAAUCAGCGCUUUGUUUUUGCAACAAUUCAUACUGUACUUGUGUAUAUGCCCCACGGUGACUUGAGAUCUGGAGUCUAAUAUGAUUUUAAUACAUAAUAUGAGCCGAGGGAGUUGUUGUGUGUCAAGUUGGAUUAUGAUCUAGUGAACGAGAACUUCUCGUUCAUUAGAUCAUAAUCCAACUUGACACACAACAACUCGUUCUCGUCGAGAAGCUUCUCUGAAACUUUGAUACCCACGAGGCUCAGUGCAAUUAGACAGAUAAAAAGUGCAAUUACCCUUUUGUUGUUAUUCUAUUCUAUAGUUAUGUAAUGGUGUUUAAUGUCCAGGGUGUCCUCUGGGUAUAAAAUGAUUAUUUCUUCAUUUUGUGUUGUAUUUAUUUUUAAAAGAAAACAGAGUACAAUUUGUUCAUAAAAAAAACUUUCAUUAGUAAUUUUAUGCAACUUACACUUAAGUUUUUUUUCCCAGGCUUAAAAACCACAACACCAAUUCACUCUUUGUUUUGCACUUCAGAUUUUAGAGCUGUAAAAAGUUUGGUUGCUCGACCUUGACGUGAAUAUCUGCUCCUCUGUCUCGCUUUUUUAAAUUGCUUCAUGGAUUUUGUUUAGAUAUAAAGAAUAUAAACGGCAGCAUUAGAUUUGAAUCUUUUUUGUUUCUCACGUAAAAACAACAUUAAAUAUUUAGAUGUGUAGUUACGUGAGGUCGAUGAUUAAAGAUUUUACUUUCUACUCACAGGAGCUGGCUCCUUUCAUGAAGUCUGAAACAGAAGUUUCGAGGCCACUUUAGGACGCUUUACAAGCACGCAUGUUCCUCUCUGAGAGCAGCUUUUCUUUUCUUAUUCUCUAUCACCAUUUCUUCUGUUUAUAAUCCUAUUGAGCAGCACAUUGACUGAGAAGGAAAAGUUCUUUCUCAGCAUCACUGUCCCAGUAUUUUAAGUUUUACCCAUCUGUCUUUACCCCGUCGCUUCCAUUUAAUCAUGUCUGGGAAUAGUGUAACUUGCAUAAAGCUACAUUUGUUUACUACUGACUGGACUUGAACAUGUAUGACUGUUCCCCUGUCUUAUGAUAUCAUUCCACAAGUUUGUCUGUGAAUUUUCUUUGGAAUAGUAACUGUAAAGAAUUUGGUAAAAAGUACUUAUGUUUUUAAAAGAAAUAUCGAUGUGUUUUCAGUUUAAUUUCCCAUUAUUGAACAAAGUAUGUAGAAUUAAAAAAAGAACAACCAAAUAAAAAUUAAGUUACUUUUAA